AUGAGAGAGUACAAAGUAGUGGUGCUCGGAUCCGGGGGGGUCGGCAAAUCCGCGCUGACCGUCCAGUUCGUGACGGGCUCCUUCAUCGAGAAGUACGACCCCACGAUAGAGGACUUCUACCGGAAGGAGAUCGAGGUGGACUCGUCCCCGUCCGUGCUGGAGAUCCUGGACACGGCGGGCACGGAGCAGUUCGCCUCCAUGCGGGACCUGUACAUCAAGAACGGCCAGGGCUUCAUCCUGGUCUACAGCCUGGUGAACCAGCAGAGCUUCCAGGACAUCAAGCCCAUGCGGGACCAGAUCAUCCGGGUGAAGCGGUACGAGCGGGUGCCCAUGAUCCUGGUGGGCAACAAGGUGGACCUGGAGGGGGAGCGGGAGGUGAGCUCCGGGGAGGGCAAGGCGCUGGCGGACGAGUGGAACUGCCCCUUCAUAGAAACUUCAGCCAAAAACAAGAGCUCCGUGGACGAGCUGUUCGCGGAGAUCGUCCGACAGAUGAACUAUGCCUCCACUCCGAAUGGCGACGACCAGUGCUGCUCGUCCUGUGUCAUUCUUUAAGACAAAACAACAACAACAACGAGGAUUGGCUUUCAGUUUUUAUUCUUUGCUCGGUUUUCAGUUUGCAAUGUGUGUUGCAGCAAGUGUGUACUGUUGAGCUCUUCUUCGUGUCUCACCCCGGCCUUGGAGGAAAAUGAAGGCAGGAAUGCUGCAGGGGGGACAAG